AGUCUCCUGCCUCCUCUUGGUUCUACUACAUAAGCAUGGCUUUGGAAAACUGUAAAAAGCAGAGUCUUUGCCUCCCAAACACAGUAAUUGGGAAGACCAGACAUCCCUUUGACAAGGAGUAGCCACAUGUUUCAGAGAAUGGCAGUGGUCUCUGCAAUGUCCUGGGUCCUGUAUUUGUGGAUAAGUGCCUGUGCAAUGCUGCUCUGUCAGGGGUCCCUCCAUCACACUUUCCAGCAGCAUCACCUGCACAGACCAGAAGGAGGAACGUGUGAAGUUAUAGCAGCACACAGAUGCUGUAAUAAGAAUCGAAUUGAGGAAAGAUCACAAACAGUAAAAUGCUCCUGUCUACCUGGGAAAGUGGCUGGGACUACAAGAAACAGACCUUCCUGUGUUGAUGCUUCUAUAGUGAUUGGGAAGUGGUGGUGUGAGAUGGAGCCCUGCCUAGAAGGAGAGGAAUGUAAGACAUUGCCUGAUAAUUCUGGAUGGAUGUGUGCAACUGGCAAUAAAAUCAAGACCACCAGAAUCCACCCAAGGACUUAACAGAGCGCCCACGUCUGCACGGAGACAGUGAAAGCCCUGCUGAUUUAUGAGGACAAAGU